AUGGUGGAUGGAUCUCUUCUAUGCAUGGUAAUGAAGGCAAAAAGCAACAAAGGUGGUGAUGGUGUAUUCGUUGUUAUCAAAGAGAAUACAGAAAUAAUCAGCUUGAAAUAUCAAGUGUCGGAAAGGCUUGAAAUACCAAUGCAAUCUCUUUCACUGAAGUUCAUAUGCGAAAGGGAAAAGAAAUUCAGUAUUUCAAUUGACAAUGAUGAUGACUUAAAUUUGAUGUUCGAGUAUUGUCGGCGUAAUGGAUUUACAGACGCGAAUUUGUAUGAAUCCAUGGUGCAUGCAACUAAUCCAGAGAGUCGUGUUGUUAUUGAUGUUGAUGGCGAGAGGUUUAGGCGAUUGUUCAUUAGUUAUAAUGCCUGUAUUGAAGGGUUCAUUGCUGGAUGUAGGCCUCUAUUGUUUUUGGAUAGAACAUUUAUUAAAGAUCGUUACAGAGGCAUGCUACUUAGUGCCACUGGGUAUGACGGUAACCAGGGAAUAUUUCCCCUUGCUUAUUGCGUAUGCAACCAAGAAAAUGAGGUUAACUGGAAAUGGUUCUUACAAAGAUUAUGGACGUUACUGUAUGAUAGGAAAAAUCCUUACCAACCUCCACAUCGACUGGUAAUGAUUUCCAACACCGACAAGGGUAUUAGGACAGCAGUCGAGGAAUUCUUUCCAGAUGCAUUCCAUUCAAGGUGUAUUCUGCAUCUAGUCGAGAAUAUCAAAAAGAAGAUGAAGGAUUUUGGGUACAAGGCAAAUAUCACAACUAUGUUGGGCGAGCUAUUACAAUCUGCGGCUUAUAAGUUCACAAUAUCUGAAUGGGAUGAUGACAUGAAAGAAUUGGCAUGCGAUCGAUCACAGGGCUUACGUCACUGUAAUGGAAUACUCCCUGGAGAGAUAAGCAAACGCGCAUUUUCCUGGUAUGGCCAUGUUACUUCAAACGUUGUUGAUUCCUUCAACAGCUGGAUAAGAAAGGCACGAUUGUUGCGAAUCUUACCUUUGAUUGAGACCAUACGGAAGCAAAUAAUAGAGCGCAUGCAUGAAAGGAAGCUAGUGGGUCAGAAAUGGUCUGGAUACUUAUGCCCGGAAGCGGAGAUGGUGCUGUGUGAUAAUAUUCAACAUGGUAGCUACUUGGCGAUUAAACAUUCGACAGAAGAUAUUGUGGAGGUCGAGUCCAAUAAAACUUGCCGUGUAGAUUUGAAGAAUCGGACUUAUUCUUGCAGGUCUUGGGACAUCACCCGCAUUCCUUACAAACAUGCGUGCACUACAAUUACAUGGAUGGGAUGA